AUGGCUAGCAGGAGGAUUCAUUGGUCCAACAGAACAGAAGAGGAUGCUGGAAAUAAGAUGUGCACUCUGGCUACCUGCAUAGCUAUUAAUGCUGGAAUGGGGCUUGCUGAUUAUACAGCCAGCAUUAGCCUGUACGGAAGAAUCACUUUAUUGAACAAAAUGUCAAACCAUCUUUUUCAGUCUUCCCAAGUAGAUUCAUUUUCUCAGUCUCAACUGACGGCUCAAGAGAGCAAUCAUCUGGGAUCUAGCAAAGUCUUCCGUCAGGAAAACAGAUCUCGAGGCCAGCCACAUUUUUCCCGAUUUAACCUUGCAGAAAACCUGCCUGAAGGUGCUACCAGAGUCCAGCCCAAUAGGCCGGAAAUAGAAGGAACCAAUACCAGUCUCAAGUUGCCUCUGACAGCUACAGAAGCCUUGAAAUAUUUUAGAAACCAGUUAACAGUUUAUGAGCAAGAAGAAAUUCUCAACUAUGCAGAGCUGUGGUUUCUUGGGCUGGAAGCUAAAAAGAUUGAAGGGUUACCUGAAACACAGAAUAAUAAUUGUUAUGAUGACGAACAUGGCACUUACAUAAAGGUCCUACAUGACCAUAUCGCAUACCGCUACGAAGUGCUAGAGGUCAUUGGGAAAGGGUCGUUUGGACAAGUAGCAAAAUGUUUGGAUCAUAAAACCAAUGAACUAGUGGCAGUGAAAAUAAUAAGGAACAAGAAAAGAUUUCACAAUCAGGCUUUGGUAGAAGUGAAGAUUCUCGAUGCUCUUCGGAAGAAGGACAAAGACAGUACUCACAAUGUUGUCCAUAUGAAGGAAUGCUUUUACUUUCGCAAUCACUUCUGCAUUUCUUUUGAACUGCUAGGAAUAAAUUUGUAUCAGCUGAUCAAAAAGAACAAGUUCCAAGGUUUUAGUUUGUCUUUGAUUCGACGAUUCACUCAGUGUGUGCUGAGAUGUUUACAAAUGCUCUACCGGGAAAAAAUUAUCCACUGUGACUUGAAACCUGAGAACAUAUUGCUAUACCACAAAGGUCAAAAUUCAGUUAAAGUUAUUGACUUUGGAUCAAGCUGCUAUGAACACCAAAGAGUGUAUACGUAUGUUCAGAGCCGAUUUUAUCGCUCCCCCGAAGUGAUUCUUGGUCACCCGUAUGCUACUCCUAUUGAUAUGUGGAGCCUGGGAUGCAUCAUGGCUGAACUUUACACAGGCUAUCCCCUUUUUCCCGGAGAGAAUGAAGUAGAGCAACUUGCCUGCAUCAUGGAGAUAUUGGGUCUUCCGCCAGCUGAUUUUAUUCAGACUGCAUCAAGAAGACGAACAUUCUUUGAUUCCAGAGGUUUUCCUAGAACUAUAACAAACAGCAGGGGGAAAAAAAGACACCCAGACUCCAAAGAUCUAAGUAUGGUAUUAAAAACCCAUGAUGCUGCUUUCCUGGAUUUUCUGAGAGGCUGCCUAAUGUGGGAACCUGCCCUCCGCAUGACUCCAGAUGAAGCAAUGCAGCACGCAUGGAUCCAGGAACCAAGAAUACAUAAAUCAAAACAAAAUCCCCACUCUGCAAGUGAAAGCUCCUUCUUCACACUAGAGAAGAAGGAGAAUGUACAUAAACACACACUGCCUGGACAAGGAGAAGAAAACACCUGUCAAGAUAUGGUUGAUAAAGUAAAAUGUGAAAUGACUGAAAAUCCUACUGCUGCAACUGAAAGACUAACUCUCAAUGCACCUUCCUCAGACACAACCAAACAGGUUAUUCCAGAGGAAGAUCUGGAAAACCCAGUGGAAAAAGCUAUCAAAAGAGACAAAGCAGGACAUAGCAGUGAAACAGCUCUUCACAAAAAUUCAAUGUUCUUACCACCAAUUAAGUAA